AUGUGUGGUUCGCUUACUGUCCUGCUUGCUCUGUGGGGUAUCAAUACUGGCAUCAUUGCCAUCAUUGCAUCUACUUAUUCUCAAAAUGCCUGGGAUGUAUAUGCUGCUGCUAUGGCUAGUGGCGGCUCUAUUCUUGCUGGCUCUGCUGCAUCAAACAUGGCUUCUCACAAUGGAAAUGCUGCGUCUGGAUCCCAUCAAGGUCGCUCAUCUGCCCAUGUAUUGGAUCGUCCUAGAUUGAAUGUUGAUGCCAUUCUCAACUCUUCGUACAUCAUUGGUUCUCAUACUGUCAAUGUGCGUCCUCCCAUUAUCGCUAAACUCAAUCCAAAUAACACCGUGUUCUGUGCUUUGCAAGGAUUUACUGGACCUUCCAUUCAAAUCCCUUUGCUGAUUAAAGGAACUCCGCCAUUUAAGAUUGACUACGAGAUUUUACUGGGAAACUCGAAAACUGUAAAGAAAUUUAAAGGAAUUGAUAUCACCGCUAAAGACUCGGUCACUGCUAUUCUCAGAUCCGAUGGAAGUCUGAAAGAACUUGUACCCGAUCCAAUUGCUAGUAAACUCUCUAGUCGUCGUGUUGGUCUUUAUUCUCUUCCUGGAUCAUCAGUAGGAAUAUAUCGUCUUUUGUCCGUACGUGAAGGCAAUGGCGAACCUGGGAAAAUUGUUGCUAGUAAACAUGCUCAGAUUGUGCAGUGUCCAUCUGCUUCGUGGAGUUGGCCUUCUACUUACAAGUCUCAAGCUGGCUUAGAUGAUACAAAAACAUUUGACAGGUGCAUGGAUGAGGAAUUUACAGCAUCCGUACAGCUGACUGGUGUUGCUCCCUUGACAGUCAUGCUCAUUAAACAGGCUGGAGAUGCAGAAAGUGUCGUGACUGUCGAGGCUGUAGAAUCUGACGAUUCGUCAUCUGAAACUAUUUCUGCAUCAGAUGAAAUUGAUGCUGAUAUUUUAGCACUUGUUAAAAGUGCAAGACAGAUCACAACCACUGUUUCGUUGACUAUUAAGAUUGAUCGUGAUGCUCCUCAUAUAUUACGCAUUGGUCGAGUGAUUGACGGUCUCAACAACUCUGUUAAUUACCAGACACAAUCAUCCCUACGCUUACCUGAUCCUUUUCAGCAGAGUACUGAUGUUUCUCUUGACACGGUUGGCGAUUUUUUUGUUGUAAAUGGUCAUGCACAUCCACAGGCACGGUUUGUUGCAGGAGAUAGUGUCAAGAUUCGUGCUGGUGGUCAAUCAUCACUUGGCGUUAUACUAUUUGGAUCUGGCCCCUUUACUGUUGGUAUGGAUCGAGUGACUGAAGACGGCACCAUUAUUCCUGACUCGUUUACUGUUGCCGAGCAAGGUCGCGCAGAUUUGCUAAUCAGUCAUCCUGGCUCUUAUUCACUUGUGAGUGUGAGCGAUCGUUAUUGCACUGGUGCUAUUCAACUGCCCUCACUUUGCCUCGCACAACAGAUUCUUCCUCCGUCCAUGACUCUGUCUUCAGAACCAAUUAAAGAAAAGUGCUUAGGGGCAGUUGGAGCCAAUAUCAACCUGACAUUUACUGGCGAGCCACCUUUUUGGGUUGAUUAUAUUGAAGAGCGCUCCAUGAUUGAUCAUCCCAAAUAUCGUGAUGAUUCCUCUCGAUUUGUAGAGCGCCGAGAUGUUCCCAUCUCCAAUAUUCUCAAGCCUCGCCAUGCUCUCGUUCUAUCACCCAAAGAAACUGGAAAAUAUCGCUACCUGUUUACUCGUAUGGGUGAUGCCAACUACCCAGAAGGUAUUUCGCUCGAUAAUCUGAGUGUUACUCAAAUCAUCCAUCCGCACUCCUCUGCAUCGUUUUCAGGAAAACAGUCAAAGUAUGUGCGUUGCAUUAACGACACCGUCGAUCUUUCCAUCAACGUUCAAGGAUCUGGUCCGUGGACCGUCAUUUACUUUGUUGUGCAUAAUAAUCAACGCACAGAAUACUCACUUCAGGUUCCUUUGGAAGAUGCCAGCACUCAUUUUACGGUGGAUUCUCUUCACUCUGCAGGACUUUAUUUGGUAGACAUUGCAGAAAUCACAGAUGUGAAUGGGUGCAAAGAAAAUGUUGGACUAUCUGGAAUAACCAUCGAAGUCCUUGCACAAAGACCCACUGUGAAUUUUCAAACUACAAAACCAGUAUAUAUUGUCGAGGAUGGUCGCGCCUCAUUGCCAAUCUCUGUAUCUGGAAAAGGACCGUAUGAAAUUACCUAUCGCGGAGCCGACUCGUCAAUUCAAACUACUCGCAACGGACGUGACCUCGAGAUUUUUGGCACAGGCACUUUUGAACUUUUAAGCAUUCGCGACUCGGUUUGCCAGGGUUAUGCUGUCGAGCCACGCUUACUAGAGGUCAUUCAGAUUCCAAAACCAUCCUUGUCUAUUCUAUCUGAAAUUGGUCUUGAACGAGCAGUUUGUCAACACUCACACAGUGGUGUCCAGCUCAAUCUUUCUGGCACACCUCCUUUUAGUGUAGAGUACGAGCACACCUAUGUUGCCGAUCGCAAGGCAAAGCCUGUUACCAUUACCAACAAGAUUAAUACGUCUGCCGAUACCUAUCCUUUUAUUUUUGAUACAGCCAAAGCAGGACGUCAUGUUUACCGCAUCAUCUCGAUUUCUGACAGCCACUACCGUUCCAAAAUAUCUGUUGGCGUAAAAGAAAUCAGUCUCAAAGUAAACCUUCCGCCUACUAUUCAAUUUCAAGAUCCAGGAGAACAUGUAUACCAAUGUACAACGCAGAAGCAUCGCGAUGCUAUCCGACUGGGUAUAAAGCUUUCAGGUGCACCACCAUUUCAAGUUGGUAUGGAUUGUACGCAUGAUAGUUUACCUAAACAGUUUAAAAACAUCACUUUGGAUAAAAGCGUCUUGACUGCAAAUGCAGAUGGCACUGCUUGGAUGUCAAAUGUAAAUGCUGGUGCCGUAGAUUUACCCGGAAGAUACACAUUUAGACUGGUGUCGGUUAUUGAUGGAACUGGAUGCGCUGCAAAUGUACCGGGAAGUGACCGUGACUCUACUGCCGCUACACCGCUGCUUAAAAGCGGUUUAAAACAACCUACUCACGCCAAUGAAAAUGGCAUAGAUUUAACCACCACAUCUAUCCAUCUGGCCGACCAGGCGAAAAUCACUUCAGCAAACAAUCCAUCCAUCAUAUGCGUUGGCGACAUUCUUUCUUACAACUUUCAAGGCUCUCCACCCUUCACUGUGGGGUACACAUUCAACGGUGUGUUGCAGCCUGAUGUAGUUAUAGCCGAUCCAAUGAUGACUUUAUGGGCAGGCUCACCCGGUGAUAUUGUUAUCACCAAGGUGUGUAACGGCAUGGCAUGCUGUGACAACGAUGUUAGCACUGAUCCGACCAUGCAUACAACUGUCAAAGGAUUGCCCAAAGCCAUUGUAGAUGGUGGACAUGACAUGAUAGAUGAUAUCCGCGAAGGCGAUGCUUCAGAAGUGCAUGUGGAGUUUGUUGGAGAGCCACCAUUUAGUUUCACCUAUACUCAUGUCAUUGGAUCGGCUGCCCAGCGUGGAGCACACCAGAUUGACUUGGUAACGAAUUCCGUGUCCAAUAUAGCUGAUCAUCAUUGGCGGCUAAGCACAAGCCAGGAAGGAGUGUUUAGAGUUACAGCCAUACAUGAUCGGUUCUGCGGAUAUCCGAGAAUUAUUCAGACCAUGCAGGGGGCGAAUGUGAUUAUCAAGGGAAUUUAGGAUACAUUACCUUUGUGCACUUAAAAUAAUAAUAUCUGGUUACGUUUUUCGU